AUGCAGAGAAGUUACGCUGACAGCGGCGGUGUUCCUGCAAGUUCCAGGGGAGAUCUGAGGAGAUACAUGCCCGGUUACAACCCAUCGGAACUGACUGACAAGGGCAGAGGAUGGAAUGUUAACCACUGUACAAUCAGGCGCGAAAAUGACCGUCUGAAAGCUGAAAACAGGAGCAUAGCAAGAGAUUUCGAUCGACUGUAUCGGCGCGCGCAUGCGGCCGAAGUGCAGCUGAAUAAUUUGAAGGCUGCAGCAAGCAGGAACCUGCUUAGUGGAACGAGUUACAGUGUCAUGCAGCUUGUGAAGCUUGCAACAAACCUUCUCGAACUUUUGGCCAAGCAACCGGAACAGCCAUGCAUCAAUGCUGUUCCAGAUGCGCUGGCAUUUCUAUCCGACUGUCACGUUAGAGACAGGCGAUUAUUUGCAGCGGGAGAGAAACUGAAGCGUUUGCUACAAUACCCAGGGCGGUUGGCAGCUGAUGAGGACAAGGAAGCGAAAACACGCCCUCUAGGACGGCCGGCUGCAGACGUUGCACCGGAUCUCAAAUGGCUCGCGACAGUUUCUGAUGAUCUCUCGUGGCUGAAAUGGGCAGAUCAGUGGGAUAUCAUGCCGGUGGACUUGCGGUGGGUAUCGAUCGCAGUAGACGACCGUACCCUUCUGCUUCAUCGAUUUUUGUGGGCUCGCGCUCCUGUCGACCUUCGGUACCUGACGGUUGUGUCUGGUAACAUGGACUGGCUUUACAUUGGGCCUGAUAGGUGGCGCGCCACCCCGAUGCAAGUUCGCCUACGCGCGAUUGCGCAUAAUGAUCCUGCUGCCAUCCGACCUGCUAUGGCAGAGGCCUCAUCGUACAAUCUUGAGCGGGACGAGGUCUGCGGCGAAGACAAGCUGAGCCUGCCCGUCCUGCCGGCUCACCAUUCACCAGGAGAAGAUCUCGAUUUAACUCUGAGGAUUAACCUGUCACCCGCUGACAUAAUCAUCUCGUCAGAGAAGAGAGGGCUAGCACCGACACUCCAAGGAGUUGGAGUCGAGAGUGAGGAAACAAAAGGCAAGAACGUCGGCGCUUCAGAGACAAAUGAUCCAUCGGGAAAAGUCUCCAGCAUACCCACGGCUUCAAGCAAGACCCCCCCGAGUGACGCCUCUGGCGGGUCUACUAAAACAGGAGGGACUAAAACUGUACCUUCGCCUCUUUCAAAAACAGCUGCAUCACUCAAAGCUGAUACAACUGCGCCUGCGCAGUCUGCACCUGCUACUGAUGGGGCUGCAGCACCCAAAGGCGUCCCACUCGGGAAAAAAGCGAGCCCUUCAAUUAAGGAAGGCGGAUCUAUAUCUGACUUAGGCAAGAAGGCCAACGUUGGUCCGAAAGCAAACGAAGAUGUGUCGCUCAAGACGACCGAUAUACCAAAGACAGGAAAAGGCCCACCUGUAGGCAAGAAGGCGCCAGGCCCGCUGGGAGUAAAGGGCGGGACGCCACUGCCCCCACCUGAAGAAGGAGCACAUGGAGUGGCAUCAGGAUUUGCAACUCCAAAAGGACCGAUCGCACCCCCUAAACCUGCGGGCGGAAAUCCGGCAAAACUGCCUGGUGCGGGGCCUCCUGCAAAGAAGGGUCCUCCUCUGGGUAAGGGCCUACCACCAGCUGCGGCGAAGGCGUCUCCUGCGGGUGGCGACGAGGCAAAGGAGCCGGGCGCGGGUCCUCCUGCAAAGAAGGGUCCUCCUCUGGGUAAGGGCCUACCACCAGCUGCGGCGAAGGCGUCUCCUGCGGGUGGCGACGAGGCAAAGGAGCAGGGCGCGGGGCCUCCUGCAAAGAAGGGUCCUCCUCUGGGUAAGGGCCUACCACCAGCUGCGGCGAAGGCGUCUCCUGCGGGUGGCGACGAGGCAAAGGAGCCGGGCGCGGGGCCUCCUGCAAAGAAGGGUCCUCCUCUGGGUAAGGGCCUACCACCAGCUGCGGCGAAGGUGCCUCCUGCGGGUGGCGACGAGGCAAAGGAGCAGGGCGCGGGGCCUCCUGCAAAGAAGGGUCCUCCUCUGGGUAAGGGCCUACCACCAGCUGCGGCGAAGGCGUCUCCUGCGGGUGGCGACGAGGCAAAGGAGCCGGGCGCGGGGCCUCCUGCAAAGAAGGGUCCUCCUCUGGGUAAGGGCCUACCACCAGCUGCGGCGAAGGCGUCUCCUGCGGGUGGCGACGAGGCAAAGGAGCCGGGCGCGGGUCCUCCUGCAAAGAAGAGUCCUCCUCUGGGUAAGGGCCUACCACCAGCUGCGGCGAAGGCGUCUCCUGCGGGUGGCGACGAGGCAAAGGAGCCGGGCGCGGGGCCUCCUGCAAAGAAGGGUCCUCCUCUGGGUAAGGGCCUACCACCAGCUGCGGCGAAGGCGUCUCCUGCGGGUGGCGACGAGGCAAAGGAGCCGGGCGCGGGGCCUCCUGCAAAGAAGGGUCCUCCUCUGGGUAAGGGCCUACCACCAGCUGCGGCGAAGGCGUCUCCUGCGGGUGGCGACGAGGCAAAGGAGCCGGGCGCGGGGCCUCCUGCAAAGAAGGGUCCUCCUCUGGGUAAGGGCCUACCACCAGCUGCGGCGAAGGCGUCUCCUGCGGGUGGCGACGAGGCAAAGGAGCCGGGCGCGGGGCCUCCUGCAAAGAAGGGUCCUCCUCUGGGUAAGGGCCUACCACCAGCUGCGGCGAAGGCGUCUCCUGCGGGUGGCGACGAGGCAAAGGAGCCGGGCGCGGGGCCUCCUGCUAUGAAGGGCCUGCCGCUCGGCAAGGGUCCGCCGCUCAGCAAGGGACCGGUCGCAGGGAAAACAACAGCCCCAGCAGGAGGGGCACCUACCACCAAGGCUGACGACGGGUCAGCGACGAAGGGGCCACCCAACGGUCUUCCGAAAGGAAAAGCACCACCGAAAAUACGAGACGCAAAAGGCAUACGGAAGGCCUACGGUGGUCUGGAACUCACGGUGUUCUGGCGUGAGUGUGUGCCCGUGAUAGCAGAACAGGCAGACUAG